AUGAUUAGCGCCAAACCAGGGCGUGUCCUGGCGAUGGUUGCGUGCACAGAACGUCUAGGUGUGCCCCGUGGCUCUGGAAUGUUCAGGCAAGCGCUGCACACCGUCUCAUGCUUCAGCGAGGACAAGAUCGCUGCCAAAGUGGACUACUUGAAGAGGACACUUAGGUGGUCAGAUACCGAGGUUGGCAUUGCUGUGUCCAAGGCUCCGGUUUUGCUGACAAGAUCAAAUGGCGUGCUGCAGCGUAUGUCAGACUUCCUAAUCUCUGAGGUGGGAUUGGAGCCGGCCUACAUUGCUCGUCGCCCCGCUAUGCUCACUUACAGCCUGGAGGGACGGCUCAGGCCCCGCUACUAUGUUAUGAGGUUUCUUAAGGAAAGUGGAUUGCUAAAUCAUGACAGAGACUACUAUAGUAUGGUGGUGGUCGGCGAGAAGGUAUUUGUCGAGAAGUUCAUAUGCCCUCAGAAGCAAGCUGCACCACACCUUGCUAAAGACUAUGCAGCUGCUUGCACAGGGCAGGUGCCUGCUACAUUCACAUUUACAUGA